AUGGCGCCCUACAGCUACAUAGUUCAACCUCAAAAGGGACAUGGUCACACGCAUACAAUCAUCUUCUUGCAUGGAAAAGGAAGCAACGGCGAAGAGUGCGCCAAUGAGCUCUUUGAGAGCGAAACCUCGGAACAUUAUGCUCCCAGAGGCCCGCAGACUUUGGUCGACUUGUUCCCUACCGUGAGAUGGAUUUUCUUGUCAGCACCGCAAACACAGUCUACGCGCUUCGACUGCAUCGAGUCGCAAUGGUUUGACAUGUGGUCUGUCGAGAACCCUGAGGAGCAGGUUGAUUUGCAAGUCGAGGGCUUGGCAGAGAGUAUUUUGCUUCUGCGCCAGACGAUAGCGGAAGAGGAGUCAAAGGUACCGCAGCAGAAGAUGUUUCUCGCUGGCAUCAGUCAGGGCUUCGCGACUGCAAUCACGGCCUUUUUGUUGGAUGAGUUUCACUUUGCCGGCCUUGUUGGUUUGUGCAGUUGGAUGCCGAUGGGGGCGUAUCGUGCUAUCGAGAAUAGCAAAAAGGUCGAAAUCCGGUCCAAUGGCAACACAACCCGCGUGCCCGUGUUUCUUGGGCAUUCAAGAGACGACAACGUGGUGCCCAUUGAUAAUGGACUUGCACUCAGGGAUUUUCUAUCGGAACGCGAAUUCGCAGUCGAAUGGCACGAGUAUAGCAAUGGAGGACAUUGGAUCAACGAGCCAAGAGGAGUUGAGGACGUUGUGGGUUUUCUGCAAUCAAAUGGGAACUGCUCAUGA